AUGGUGGUAUUGCUUGAAUGCACAUGCAUCUUCGAUUUGAAGACACUUAACAGCCUAAGAAGCAUCUUAGAUGCAUAUUUUGUGACUUUUAUCAUUUGCUUGAUGAACGAGGAUGUUAACAGAAGAAAGUAUGUGUUGACCAGGACCACUUCCCACCAUUCAAGUAUGCAUAUUCCCAUUUCUAGUGUGUAUCUGUAA